AUGGUAGCGGCAGUCCCUGUACAGAACUCUGCUGGCAGCUGGCUCCUGUGCGGCUGUUGGUUGUUGGGCCCCUGGGCUGUUUACACCUUGUGCUCCGGCUGCUCCGAGUUCUUCAAUGGUGUCUUCGUCAACCAGUACCGCUUCAGCUUCCCUGCUUUCAUCGCCCUCUGCCAGGCUCUGUUGACCAUUGUGGUGUUGCAAUUGUUGAGCCAAGCCAGACUGUUAAAGAUCCAGCCUUACUCGUUGGAGAGUGGAGAGACUUUCCUGCUUCCUUCUAUUUGUUUUAGUUUUCAUUCACUUCUAACCCUGUGGGCUGUGACCAGCUCCAACUCCAUAGGUUUCAAUUUCAUCAGACAGUUUACACCCUUGGCCACCUUGGCAUUGAUGGAAAUAUUCAACUUGAAGAAAAGAACAUCCUCCAACACUACUUUCUUGGUGCUGCUGGUCACUUUGUGUUCAGUUCUUGCAGGGUCUCAGAACUUCAAUGAUGAAGCUCUUGUGUAUGCAUAUGGAGUAUUAAACCUCGUGUUCAAGAGCACUUACCUCAUAUUGAUCCAGGAAAUCUGUGAAGACCACAAGAAGUCAGUGGUGGAUGUCUACUACACUUGUAGCAUUAAUAGCUGUCCGCUGCUGUUGCUUUACUGCUUUCUCCAUCCUGAUACUCCUCAGAUCAUCUCAUCGGGCAGCUGGUCCAGUCUGAUCUUUUUGGGCUUCUUCUCCUUGGUGCUGCUGUUUGGGUGUUUGCUGAAUUUUCUUGUUCUUCUGUGCACCUUGCUGAGUUCAGCCUUGACGAUGAACAUUUUUGAGGUCGCAAAGACAGACCUACUGAUGCUAAGAAACAUUUCCACACAAGAAUGGACUUUUUCACUCCCACUUCUCACCAGCCUUCUCAUCAGUAUCAGUGGAGUAAGUAUUUAUAUAUACAAAGAAGCGUGGGAGCCGAAUACAGGAAGAAAGAAAGAAGUGAUGUGCAACACAAUCUGAAAACUGCUCAUUAUAUAUACACAAAAAAAACACAGGAAUAUUUUCCUUUUGAUUUAUCCAAGGAGGUUGAUAUAUUGCUAUUUCCAUGACUACAGUUCUCCAGUAUCAUGUUCAACUAUCCAUGCACUGUACAAACCUCACUAUUGAAUGGUGUAAAGCUGCUCAUAUGGCCUUAAAGUCUUGCGUUCACAUCGCAGUUUUGACAAGAUCAAGCUAAUGGGAUACAUUUUGUUGUAUUUAGGAAACCAGGCAAGUUUAUGCACAAACCUCCCACAAUCACGAUAAAUGACCAGAUAUUCCACUUUGUGAAAUGUUGAUUAAUGGAUACAUUUGGCCAAAAAACCAUGCAGAACAGCCCUAAUGCUCUUCAAGAGUGCGAGGUGAUCUUGCCUGUUUACCCGAGAGAUGGGGAUUAGUUUAAUGACUCAGUUGAGAGACUGCAUGUUGCAGCACUGUCCCAGCACUGUACUAAAGUCACAGCCCUAGAUUUUUGCCCUCAGGUUUCUGGAGUGGGACUUGAACACAACCCUCUGUUUCAGAUGGGGCAAAUGCUAGCCACUGAGCCACCGUUGUCUUGGGCACAAUAUGCCAUUGACAUUUGCAUUUGCAAAUCUUCCAGAUUUUUCCUUAAAACGUACCAAGACUGAUCGCAAAACUUGCACUAAAAUCAGCCUGAACCUGUGACAUUCUGGGUCAGGAAGUCUUAAUUAAAUAGGAAUAGGAUUAAAAAUGAACCAUCAGAGAAAAACAUCUUCCAAAUUAACUCCCACCAUUUUAGCUUUGUGCAUAGAAAUAGUCGCAUCUUCCCUUCAGUACUGAAAGGGUAGUUUGAAAAGGGACAAAGUUAAUAAAGUAAAUAUCUUUAGAACUGUACUGAACUCAGCCUUUGUACCUUAAAUGCAAGUUUUUGUCAUUUAUUGUUGCAAAGAGCGAUUGUUGAAAAUGUUAUUUGCUUUUAAAUAAAUCCAAAUGUAGUGGAAAUACUUGCAUUUUUACCUCUACCUGAAUAGAAAACAUUUGGAGGGAUAUGGGCCAGGGGCAGGCAGGUGGGACGAGUUUAGUUUGGGAUUAGGGUCGGCAUGGACUGGUUGGCCCAAAGGGUCUGUUUUUGUGCUGUAUUUCACUGUCUUGGUUUAUCAGCCGCUUAACUCCUUUCAUAAAAACAAAAACACAACAACUGGUGAUGCUGGAAGUCACAAAUAAAAACAGGGAUUGCUGUAAAAAACUCAGCAGAUCCAGCAGCAUCUGUGGAGAGAAAGCAGAGUCAAUGUUUCAGUCCAGUGAUCUUUCUUUAGAAGAAGAUGCUGCCAGACCCGUUGAGAUUUUCUGUUUUUGCACCUUAAUCCUUUUUCUGAGUAAUC